CGGCCGUCGAAAACGGAGAACUGCCGUUUGUGACUGUAGCAGAAGGUCCUGAACAAGCCACAGAUACAUAAAUUGUCUGGGAGAUUUUUUUCUAUUUUAGCCUGCUGCACUUUUGGAAUCAGCUCCAACCAUGUCUGUUGUCGCCAUGAAGAGUAAGCAGAAGAACCCGUCCGUAGUGUCGAUCCGUGGCCCCGCCGAUGGCAUGGAAACAGCCAAGCCAGCUGCGACCAAGGAGAUUUCGCUCGAGCCCCUUACUGUAAAAGCGUCUCCACCCAGACAGUCCCCCCGAGCAGCUCCGGCAUCCCCCGGUGUCCUGCACCUAGGAAAGGUUAACAAGGAGUCCUGCGCAGAGCUGGAGGCCGUGCGCAUCGUGGUGCCGCGUACGGCCAUCAUCCGGAGCACCCGAGUCGUCGGCCACGCUGAGAACAAGGCGGGCGAGAAAGGAUCUCCCCACCACGGUGCUGAAGACCGGCCGCCCUCCCCUCCGUCAGAACCGCAGGACUACAAGAGCAUCGUAGAGAAGCUACAGAACACCGAGCGCAGACUGCUGCAGGACAAAGAGGGCCUCUCCAACCAGCUGCACGUUCAAACCGAGGUAAACCGGGAGCUCAAGAAGCUUCUGGUGGCCUCGGUGGGCGACGACCUGCAGUAUCACUUUGAGCGCAUGGCGCGGGAAAAGAAUCAGCUCAUCCUGGAAAACGAGGCACUGGGACGCAACCUGGCGCACAUCGCCGAGCAGCUGGAGCGCAUGAGCAUCCAGUGUGACGUGUGGAGGAGCAAGUUUCUCGCCAGCCGGGUGAUGGCCGAGGAGCUGACGAACGCCAGGGCUGCUCUCCAGCGCCAUACAAGGGAAGCACAGUGUGCCAUCCAGGACCUGUUACGGGAGAGGCAGGAAUUCUCCCAAAAUAUGAUGCACACACACAGGUCUCUGGAGCAGCUGCUCGUCUCGUUACAGUGGGGUCGACAGCAGACCUAUUACCCCAGCGCCCAACCUCUCAGCACCGGAGAACUGGCUGCAUCCAAUCACAAGCUGGCGGACGCCAUCAACUCCCACCUGCUGGGAAAUGUAAGCAGCAUCAGCAUCAGCAGCAGCGCCAGUGUGAAGCACAGCACGGUGUCGGAACUCUGCAGCACUCCAGCUGAGAAGAUGGCAGAAAAGGUACUCAGGAUUCUGGAUCCCAUCUCCUGUCCGGACAGCACGGAUGACCCAGCUGCUAUAGACACCGGCGCUUCUUCUUUCCUGCCCAACAAGAAAAGCAUCGGACGUUUUCAUCCGUACACUCGCUAUGAGAACAUCACCUUCAACUGCUGUGAACGCUGCAGCGGGGAACUGCUGGUGCUUUAGGAUCGAAUCGGCUCAGGUUCAUGCUGACGCUUCCUGUUACUGUUAGUGCUGUUUAGCAUUAAUAGUUACAGACACAACUGCAGUACUGUAAUAAUAAUAAUAAUAAUAAUAAUAAUGAGCACAGGGCUGAUUCGAUCCUCGUAACCUUUCGUAACUAAACGUGAGCCACGUCCCAGGGCGUAGGAGGACCCUAAACACCCUGUUUUAUAUACAGAAACUCAGGCACAGCUAUACUUUGAAAAGUGUUGCUGUGACUCACAGGAAUGCCAUCCUUCCUAUCCAGAGUCCUGCCAACUCUCGGCUAUGGCAGUCAGUUCUUCUAUUACUAUUCAGAAGCAAAUUCUUUACUGACGCAUUUAUCCAAAGCGACUUACAAUACAGUAACAUAAUACAGUCCAAGCAGUUGAGGGUUAAAGGCCUUGCUCAAGAGCCCAACAGUGGCAACCUGGCAGUGGUGGGGCUUGAACCAGUGACCUAGUCCAGUUCCAUAACCGCUGGGCUACAACUGCCUUGUAUUUAAAGAAACUGUGAUUGGUGAUUGGGUGGUGACCUGGCUGGGCAUCCACACAAACACAAUCAGCCGUGUUUGAGGGAGGGAGAGUCGUACGGGAGUCCCCUUCUGCUGCCUGUGUGAUAUGGGUUCUUCAUACAUGAUACGGCUCUGUGUGGGAACCCAACACUGGCAGGUGAAGAGAAGUGGCCACUGAUUGGACGCGUGUGGUGAUCCCUCACUCCUUGAUCACAUCAAAGGUCGUGCACACACGGUCGGGAAUUGGUAAUGACCAGAUUGGGAGAUAAAGGAGGACAAUCCAGGAGAAAUGAAAUGCUGUGAUCCAUCUAAACAACAGUUGAAAAGUCUGUGUUUGGCCCGGCUGAUUUAAACAAAAUAUAUUAUGAAUUUCUGAGGCUGAGUUGGAUCUUGCAGCCUUUUGCAUUAUCAGUGUUACAGGAACCAAACAGUAUGUUGCAUAAUCAUUGUAAAUGAGGUAAAAUGUGGCAAUUACUUCUUUCAUUCUUUUAAUCAGUCUGUAAUUAUCAGCAGUUCUGAUUAAACAUGACUUGCUUUGUCUUUGCACAAAUGUUUAAAUGCCGUUUGUAAUUGAGGUUUGACAAAUGUUUAAAUGCUGUUUGUAAUUGAGGUUUGUAAUUGCUGCAUAUUGAUUUACUGAAACCAAACCGACCCCUCGUGCUCAAAAGUCAAACGUCUAGCAGUUUGUAUUUGCACAGUAUUUAAGUUAUCUGUUACUUGACUGAAUGUUGUGUAUGUUUUUCAAAAGGUGCAAUAAGCAGUUCUACCCGAUAAAAUAGAUUUUUAAUGUUUGUAAAGCUUUAUCUGCUUUUGUUAUUACUGAGGUGACCAAAAUAAAGUAUCAUUAAUGUCUGGUUAAAA